AUUUCUUAUGGUUCGGCCAGCUUCAGUAGCUUAAUCGUUGAUAAGAUCCAGGCGCAUCAGUCAACCGGACUGAUGCUAGAACGUUUUCAAGUCAGGCAGAUGCUCGAGCCCUAUAGAUGCUCUGCAGUGGCGGUGGCUUGACUUAGUCGCAAACCGAAUAAGCGGUCUAUCGACACUCAGAUUCGGUAUUUGCCGUUUCGAGUAUGCUCGCUGCAUGAAGUGACUAAAUCAGUGGCAUUUAAAAAUUAGUGAGCGAGUGUUGCCGAUCGAAUCGGAACGGAAUAUCACUCAAAAUGAGCAAAGAGCCGGAAGUUAAUGCGCGUACAGUGCUAUGGUACUUGGUGUUUGUCGGAUUUGCGGUGAACUAUAUGGUGCGCAUCAAUUCCAAUAUCACAAUAGUGACCAUGGUCAGGUCGAGCAGCGCAAAAAAGGUACAGCUCAAUCAGGACUUGGAUACAAGUUCGGCAAUGAGUCCUCCACAGAACAAACCGAGGAUGUAUGCUUGCUACGUGGAGAAGAACGAAUCCGAUCUUGCCACGGGGGGAAUGGAAAACACCCGAGCAGCAGCAAACGCGCAAAGUGAGCCUAACUGGGUGUCACCAGAGAAAUGGUUACUCAGGACAUUGCAGCUCGACACUAAGGAAGAUGGCUUCGAAUGGAACGAAUAUCAGCAAGGACUAGUGUUGGGAGCCUUCUUCUGGCUGCACUGGUUGACUCAAGUGCCCGGUGGGGUAUUAGCACGCAAAUACGGCACUAAACUAGUAUUUGGAGUGGCCAACGCCAUCGGAUGUUGGCUGUGCUUUCUAAUGCCAUUGGCGGCCUAUUUGGACUAUCGGAUACUUAUUUUUCUCCGUGUUCUCCAAGGAGUGAUAUGUGGAGUAUCAUGGCCAGCAAUGCAUCACAUGGCGGGCCAGUGGAUUCCACCGAACGAGCGAAGCAAGUUUGUAACUGCUUAUUUAGGUAGCUCCAUUGGAGUUGCCCUGUUCUUUCCUCUAUUCGGGUAUAUCAUUUCAUGGACUUCGUGGGAGUAUGUGUUCCACUUUUGUGGAAUUUUCGGUACAGUUUGGUAUCUUGCAUGGCUGUACUUCGUGUACGACUCACCCGCUGAACACCCACGAAUCCAUCCAAAAGAGCGGGAGUACAUUGAAAAUUCUUUAGGUAUUACGGAGAAGUCUAAGGAACAGGCACGUGAGGAGAAAACACCUUGGAUGAAACUGAUCCUUUCCAAACCAAUGUGGAUGACAGUACUUGCCCAAUGGGCUGGGAUUUGGGGGCUUUUUACCGUGAUGACCCAAGCUCCAAGCUACUUUAAUUAUAUCCAUGGGUGGAACGUCAAAAUGACAGGAAUUCUAUCCGGAAUUCCACAUCUCUGUCGAAUGCUUUUCGCGUACUUCUUCUCCAUAAUUGGAGAUUACCUUUUACGGCAUAACCUCAUGUCCCGAACUAACGUACGCAAAAUGGGCGGAGUAUUCUGUUGUCUAGUCAACGGACUAUUCGUGGUAGCGUUGGCUUACAGUGGAUGUAACUCAACAUCCGCAAUCGUAUUCCUCACAUUGGCUACGAUGGUUCACGGAGCCGUAUCCACAGGACCGCUAGCAAACAUCAUCGAUAUAAGUCCCAAAUAUGCCGGCAUCCUUCUCGGAAUCAGUGGAAUGAUAAGCGUCGUUCCUGGAUUUGUUUCACCAAUUUUGGUUGGAAUUCUUACUCUGGGAAACCAAACAGUAAAACAAUGGGAAUAUGUGUUCCUGAUCUCAGCCGGGAUGCUCAUAGUAGGCGGAAUCCUCUACACAAUGUUUGCGGAUGCAACACUUCAACCCUGGAAUACCGAAGGUAAUGAACGUGAGAUGGUCACCUUGAAGCUGGACGUGGAACAGGCGUUGCUCGAGAAAGAAAGAGAAGCUGUUGAACUGGCCCAGGAUGCGAUUACCGCCGAAGUGACUGACGAUGGUGAUUGCAAGGAAUAUCCUAUCGAUUCAGUAUUAAAAAAAUAAAGUUUGUUGGACAAAGCGGUUUUUUUUAA